AUGAAAAGAUUGCAGCCCCAGCGAUGGAGCCGCUCGGUCCUGUCGCCGCGGACCACUCCGGGUGAUUUAUUAUAUCGGCAGGUCAAUACCAGGUUACGGUGGCAGUCAACGGCAUCAGCAGCUGCUCGGACGAAAGCAGAUCGCCCAAUUGGAAACACGUCCUCAGAGACGCUUCCGCCCAAACCUCAACACAAGCCAGAUUACCCUCACCCUGCAUAUCCUAGAAAAACGCUGCCUCGCACUUCGCCGAAACUCUUCGCUCUCCAUGCGCGACUUGCCCUCCCCAAGAAGCUUCCCGUUGAAACACUGGCGCGGGCGUUGAUGGACAGUUCAGCUGAACCUCAUCCCAGCUUCAACAAUGACUCGUUGUCGGUGCUUGGGUCUGACCUCCUCUCAUACUACACCUCCGAACACCUGAUCUGUACCUUUCCCCGACUCCCCUCGACCGUCUUGUUUGCUGCCAUGUAUGCAUUCAUGGGCCCGAAGACUCUUGCGGCCAUAGCACACGAAUGGGGUAUCGAAUUGGCUGCCGCCCCUGGUCUUGAGGUGGAUCCUGGUCUGCUUCAAUUCAAAAGAUUGGAACCAGGCACCGAAAUCGCCAUAGAUCCUUCAAAGACUACACGAAAACACAGGAAGAUUAAGACAAGAAUCACAUCCAGUAUCGUCUAUGGCGAUUCCUUUGGCGAACCAGUUCUCACGACUGUUCACCCGAAAAAAAUCGACGCGAAACUCCCCGAUCCCGAAAGCAUCCAAGGUGUGACGGCUGAAAAGGCUACAUCAACAUUUGUCCAGGCCGUGGUGGGAGCUAUUUAUUUGCAUGGUGGCCGCGCUGCUGCUAAGCGGUUCUUCGAAGAACACAUUCUCUCUCGGCAUCUCGAUCUUUCUAAGUUGUUUGCGUUUACCCAGCCAACCCGCGAUUUGGCCAAGUUAUGCGCCCGCGAGAGCUUCCAGGCUCCUGUCGCCAAGGUUAUCACUGAAACCGGUCGGCACAGCAGAGCCCCCGUGUUUGUAGUAGGAAUCUUUUCUGGCAAAGACAAACUGGGCGAGGGCUCCGGGGCCAGUCUUAUCGAAGCUCGAACUCGAGCGGCUGUUGCGGCACUGAAGGGCUGGUAUCUUUAUAGUCCGCUGGAUGUGCAAAUGCCCAGCUCCACGGAGGAUGAAGACGCCAAGCCCUGGAAGCCUGUAUAUGUUGAUUGGGGUGAAGUGUUUGUAUAA